AUGGAUGAAAUUUCAAUGGUAUCUUAUCAAAUGCUGUGUAUGAUUGACGCACGAUUAAGACAACUUAAAAAUCAUGAAGACGAGUUCUUUGGAGGCAUAAACGUUUUACUUUUUGGAGAUCUGUUACAACUGCCUCCAAUCAAACGCUCCGGAGCUCCUGUUUUCAAACAGCCCGAUCAUCUCCAACCAGCCACACAUCUAUGGCGUUUGUUCACGCUCUGUGAGCUGACGGAGAAUAUGCGUCAGCAAGGGGACCAUACUUUUAUUGAAAUACUAAAUGCUUUGAGAAUAGGUGAGCUAACCGCUAACCAUUUUAGUAUUUUGAUGCAAAGAGUUAUUCAAAACCCAAGUGAUGAGUUUGCAACAGACAAAGCGUUAAGGGUAUACACUACUAAUCAGCAAGUAAACAAUCACAACGCUGCUGUUUUAAAUGUGUUCCGGAAUAAGGGAUCUCGAAUUUAUACCAUUAAAGCACAGGACCAACUAAUUGACGCCACACGAAAUACAGAUAAUUUAAAUUUAGCAAAUAUAAUACCAACAGAUAUAAAUAAGACUGGAGGCUUACCAUCAGUACUUGAAAUAUUUGUAGGAGCAAAAGUAAUGAUGAGGUCCAACAUUGACGUUACAAAAGGAUUGGUAAAUGGUGCUAUAGGCCACAUUACAGAAAUUAUUUGGCCUCAGUUCCGUCGAACCCAAAUGUACGAAACAGAUGUACCAUCCGUUUGGAUUGACUUUGGCAGAGACGGCAUACACGUUAUACACCCGAAAGCCAUACAGUUUCCAGCAAAAUUCAAUUAUGGUACGACUGAAAGAAGGAUGUUACCCUUAAUUUUGUCAUGGGCAUUCACCGUCCAUAAAAUGCAGGGCAGCAGUAUGUCGACCAUGCAGUAG